AUGCGGUUUGGAGCCCCCCGUUUUGGAGGAAGUAGAGGGGGACCUCUCUCUGGGAAGAAAUUUGGAAACCCUGGGGAAAAACUUACAAAAAAGAAAUGGAAUUUAGAUGAGCUGCCCAAAUUUGAGAAGAACUUCUAUCAAGAACAUCCUGAUGUAGUUAGACGUACUGUGCAAGAAGUUGAACAGUACAGAUCAAGCAAAGAAGUCACAGUUAGGGGCCAUAACUGUCCAAAACCAAUUAUAAACUUUUAUGAAGCUAACUUUCCUGCAAACGUUAUGGAAGUAAUUCAGAGGCAGAACUUCACUGAACCAACUGCUAUUCAAGCACAAGGUUGGCCUGUUGCACUGAGUGGAUUGGAUAUGGUUGGAGUGGCACAGACUGGAUCAGGGAAAACACUGUCUUAUUUGUUGCCUGCUAUUGUGCAUAUAAAUCAUCAGCCAUUCCUGGAGCGAGGAGAUGGACCUAUUUGUCUUGUGCUGGCACCAACUCGUGAACUGGCUCAACAAGUGCAGCAGGUAGCUGCUGAAUAUAGCAGAGCAUGCCGUUUGAAGUCUACAUGUAUUUAUGGAGGUGCUCCAAAGGGACCACAAAUUCGUGACUUGGAAAGAGGUGUGGAAAUCUGUAUUGCAACACCUGGAAGACUUAUAGACUUCUUAGAAGCUGGGAAGACCAAUCUCAGGAGGUGUACUUACCUUGUUCUUGAUGAAGCUGACAGGAUGCUUGACAUGGGAUUUGAACCUCAGAUCAGAAAAAUUGUGGAUCAGAUAAGACCUGACAGGCAGACUCUGAUGUGGAGUGCCACAUGGCCAAAGGAAGUAAGGCAGCUGGCUGAAGACUUUUUGAAAGAAUAUGUACACAUCAACAUUGGUGCGUUAGAACUAAGCGCGAACCACAACAUUCUUCAGAUUGUGGAUGUGUGUCAUGAUGUGGAGAAAGAUGACAAGCUUAUUCGUUUGAUGGAAGAAAUAAUGAGUGAGAAGGAAAAUAAAACAAUUGUGUUUGUGGAAACCAAAAGACGGUGUGAUGAUCUUACCAGGAAAAUGAGGAGAGAUGGGUGGCCAGCAAUGGGUAUUCAUGGUGAUAAAAGCCAGCAGGAGAGGGACUGGGUUCUAAAUGAAUUCAAACAUGGAAAAGCACCAAUCCUGAUUGCUACAGAUGUUGCAUCCAGAGGUCUAGAUGUGGAAGAUGUGAAAUUUGUCAUCAAUUAUGACUACCCUAACUCCUCAGAGGACUAUAUCCACCGAAUUGGACGAACUGCCCGCAGUACCAAAACAGGCACAGCAUACACAUUCUUUACUCCUAACAAUAUUAAGCAAGUAAAUGACCUCAUCUCUGUGCUUCGGGAGGCUAAUCAAGCCAUCAACCCCAAAUUGCUUCAGUUGAUUGAAGACAGAGGUUCAGGUCGUUCCCGAGGUGACCGACGUGACAGAUACUCUGCGGGCAAAAGGGGUGGAUUUAGUAGUUUUAGAGAGAGGGAGAACUUUGAGAGAAACUAUGGUGCACUAGGAAAGAGAGACUUUGGAGCAAAAACUCAAAAUGGGGCCUACAGUGCCCAAAGUUUCAGUAAUGGAACUCCUUUUGGAAAUGGCUUUGCAGCUGCAGGCAUGCAAGCUGGCUUCAGGGCUGGUAACCCUGCGGGAGCUUACCAGAAUGGCUAUGAACAGCAGUAUGGGAGUAAUAUUGCAAAUAUGCACAAUGGCAUGAACCAACAGCAGUAUGCAUAUCCUGCCACUGGUGCUGCUCCUAUGAUAGGUUACCCAAUGCCAACAAGUUAUUCUCAAUAACUUAGUGUAUUUAAAUGUCUCAGUUUUUUUUCAUAAUUGCUCUUUAUAUUGUGUGUUAUCAAAACAGGAUAGUUAUUUAAGAAAUGGGAAAAGCAGAAAUGACUGCAGUGCAGCAGUAAUUAUGGUGCACUUUUUCGCUAUUUAAGUUGACUAUUUCUCUACAUUCCUGAAACAAUUUUUAGUUUUUUGUACUAGAAAAUGCAGACAGUGUUUUCAAAGUAAAUGUACAGUGAUUUGAAAUACAGUAACAGAAGGCAGUGCAUGGCCUUCCAAUAAAGAUAUUUGAAGACCGAAUUUUCUUUCAGAUGGCAAUUUUCUCAACAUGUGCACAACUUUACAUUAAUGGAAUGUCAAAUGUUUUUAUAUUAAAUUCUAGAAAGGUUUCUCAA